GGGCCAGGCUGGAUGGGUUGGAGCCUGGGCAGAGCGUGGGGAGCCCCAGAGGAAGGCCCGGAAUAUCGCGUACAGCAGCAAGGAGCACGCAGAGGUGCCUUGGGCCACACAAGCCUGUCCACCUGUGCAAGACAGACCAGCCUGAGAAAGACUGGACAAAGGAACAUGGCGCUACUCCGGGGGUUCCUGCUGCUCAGCUUGUCCUGCCUGCAAGGCCCCUUCUCCAUGUUCUCUCCUGUGAGCGCCGUGGAGCCCUUGGGCCAGGAGCUGAUGGACGGGCAGAACCAGGAGAGGCUGUCCCCGCUUGUCUUCCUCCAUCUGGACAACCAGGACGGGAACAAGGUCGUGCCGCCCCCAGACACCGGGGCUUUGGAGACGGCAUUCAACACAGAGCCUGAAGCCAACCCCUUUACCCCACUGCCACUGCUCCCUGUCUUGAAGAGGGUCCCAGCAGACUGCAAAGGGGCCCCAACUCUGGAGCAGACCCGCAGGCUGGCCCAGGCCCUGAUGGCCUUCACCACAGACCUGUUCUCCUUGGUGGCCCAGAGGUCCACCAGCCCCAAUCUCAUCCUGUCACCCCUGAGCGUGGCCCUGGCAUUGUCUCACCUGGCGCUAGGUGCUCGGAACCAGACGCUUCAGAGGUUGCAGCAGGCGCUGCACGCAGACGUGGGGCCCUGCCUCCCCCACCUACUGAGCCGCCUCUACCAGGACUUGGGCCCUGAGGCAUUCCGAUUGGCUGCCAGGAUGUACCUGCAGAAAGAAUUUCCCAUCAAAGAGGAUUUCCUGGAACAGUCGGAACAGCUCUUUGGCGCCAAGCCCAUGAGCCUGACGGGAAGGCAGGGAGAUGACCUGGCGAACAUCAACCAGUGGGUGAAGGAGGCCACGGAUGGGAAGAUUGAGCAUUUCCUCUCAGAGCUGCCAGAGAACACCGUGUUGCUGCUCCUCAAUGCCAUCCACUUCCAGGGUUUCUGGAGGAGCAAGUUUGAUGCGAGCCUCACCCAGAGAGACACCUUCCACCUGGAUGAGCAGUUCACAGUGCCAGUGGACAUGAUGCAUGCCCACAAGUACCCUCUGCGCUGGAUCUUGCUGGAGCAGCCUGAGAUUCAGGUGGCCCAGUUCCCCUUCAAGAACAACAUGAGCUUUGUGGUCAUUGUGCCCAGCCAGUUUGAAUGGAACGUGUCCCAGGUGCUGGCCAACCUGAGCUGGGACACCCUGCACCAGCCCUUGCUGCGUGAGAGGCCCACCGAGGUCCGGCUGCCCAAGCUGCAUCUGAAGCACCAGCUGGACCUCGUGGCCACCCUUAGCCAGAUGGGCCUAGAGGAGCUGUUCCAGGCCCCAGACCUGCGUGGGAUCUCCGACCACAGCCUGGUGGUGUCCAGCGUGCAGCAUCAGUCCACCCUGGAGCUCGGCGAGGCCGGCGUGGAGGCGGCGGCGGCAACCAGCACGGCCAUGUCCCGCAUGUCCCUCUUCUCCUUCAGCGUGAACCGCCCCUUCCUCUUCUUCAUCUGCGAGGACCACACGGGCCUGCCCCUCUUCGUGGGCAGCGUGAGAAACCCCAACCCUAACGCAAAGCGGGAGCGCAAGGAGCAGCAGGAUUCCCCCGACAACAGGGUCCCCUUCUGGAACCGGAAGCCCUUCCACCGCGGAGACAAGCUCUUGGUUCCUGACUUGAAACUUGCUCCCCCCUCGGAGGAGGAGGUUUACUCCCAACCCAGCAGCCCCAAGUGAGGGGCUGCGGCCGCCAGCACCCCGAGUCCCGGCCUGGACACGCCUCUCAAUUCAAGUGACUCAUUCCAGCCAGCUUGGGGGCCGAGGGGCGGGGCCUAGGCGGGCAGUGGGUGGGGCGGGGAGGAGCCAAUCUCUCCCGUCUCCUCUUGGGGAGUUUGGGCUGGGGUGGGGCUGGGAGGAGGACGGGCAUCAGGGAAAUCCUGCGCCUUGAUCCUGCAUCAUUUCUUCCAAAGGGGCUCAGAGGCUGUGCUUUCGGGGGGCCCGGGUGGGAGGGCAGCUGUGGAUCCAGUUCUGUCAGUGAGGUAGGUUAGGUUAUUCCCCAAGUCAGCUGGGGCACCUCCACCUUUGUUUACAAGUGAGGGAAGCACAGGAGGGACAGGCUGCCUUUGGGUGUCUCUCAGGACACCCUGACUGGGCAGAGGGAAGACGGGCCCUGGUGGUGGCCCUGGGGGCAGAGCACUGUCCUCUUGGGACUUGUGUCCUGCUCUGUACAAGGAGGUUGGGAAUGUGACAUGGCCUGACUGUGACCUCACUGGCAGAAAGCUGGGGAUGCCCUCCCUGCCAGGCCCCAGUCCACUCCCCUGCUGCCCUGUCACCCUGGCCUCCCUGCUGGUCCCUGGAGAUGCCAACACUGCCAGCUUUUCCCUUCCUUCCUCUCUCCUGCCUUCCUCUUCUGCAUGGAAGCUUCGGGGCUGAGGCAGGGAAGGGCCUCGUUAGCUCCCAAAGCCUCUUUUGUAAAGUUUUUGUAGUGAUUUUUACGCCACCUGAAUAAAGAAUGAAUGGGC